GAGAAGCCAAUCAGCGUCACCGCUGUUCAGGUUUUAAAGUCCCCACCCGCCGGCCGAGUCCCAGAUCUCCACAGAGCUGCAGGAUGCGGGUGAUGGCCCCACGAACGCUGCUCCUGCUCCUGUCAGGGGCCCUGGCCCUGACCGGGACCUGGGCGGGCUCCCACUCCAUGAGGUAUUUCUACACCUCCGUGUCCCGCCCCGGCGGGGAGCCCCGCUUCAUCGUCGUGGGCUACGUGGACGACUCGCAGUUCGUGCGCUUCGACAGCGACGCCGAGAAUCCCAGCGUGGAGCCCCGGGCGCCGUGGAUAGAGCAGGAGGGGCCCGAGUACUGGGAGCGGGAGACACGGAACUUCAAGGGCACGGCACAGACUUUCCGAGUGAACCUCAACACGGCGCUGCGCUACUACAACCAGAGCGCGGGCGACCCCCCGAAGACACAUGUGACUCACCACCCUAGCCCUGACGGGGAUGUCACUCUGAGAUGCUGGGCCCUGGGCUUCUACCCUAAGGAGAUCACCCUAACUUGGCAGCGGGAUGGAGAGGACCAGACCCAGGACAUGGAGCUUGUGGAGACCAGGCCUGCAGGGGAUGGAAACUUCCAGAAAUGGGCAGCUGUGGUGGUGCCUGCUGGAGAGGAGCAGAGAUACACAUGCCAUGUGCAUCAUGAGGGGCUGCCUGAGCCCCUCACCCUGAGAUGGGAGCCACCCCCUCAGGCCACCAUCCCUGUCAUGGGAAUUGUUGCUGCUGUGAUUGUCCUUGUUGUCACUGGAGCUGUGGUCGGUUUUAUCUUGUGGAGAAAGAAAAACACAGGAGUAAAGAAAGGGCCCUAUGCUCCAGCUGCCUGUAAUGACAGUGCCCAGGGCUCUGAUGUGUCUCUCACUGCUGAGAAAGUGUGAGACAGCUGCCAUCUGUGGGACUGAGCAGUACAGGAUUUCUUCAGUUCUCUUCCUGCUCUCUACUGCAGUUUCAAGAGUUCCUGGCUACUCCUUGUGCAGCUGGCAUCUGAUUGUGUCUUUGUGCCUGUGUUCCUACAAUCAUAAUGUGAGGCAAUGGAGAGAGGAGCACAUCCCUGGUCACCAGGCCCCCUCCCCACACUGUUCUCUUCCUCAAUCAACUUUCCUCUGUAGCUGAUGUGGGGCUGGGAUGUCUUCAUUCCUGAUUUAGCUUUAUGUUGCUCUGAAUUGCAGCGUCUUCCUCCCCUUUUGGAAAAUCGAAUGUGGAUAUUGAUUAUAUUUCAAAUUUGUGCCACAAAAUAUGUUGAUGGGCUAAUUAAAUGAGAAGAGGAUUCCUAAAAUUUCUGAGAGAAAAUAAAACCUGAAACCUUCCAGAA